AUGAGUGAAAUGAUGCUACAGCUCGCGGGAGGUAUGGAGUUCAGUUCCAACCCUGCGAUAAAGAAGACACUCACCCUGCGUAACAUGUGCCAAGACUAUAGAGAUGGAGGUGGAAGAGAAUGGAGAGGGACAUCUCCACCUGAGCUCGACGGCGCAGUGGAAGUAGGCAGAAUGUGCAGAAUGAGAUCCUUCGACAAUUCCAUAGGUGUGCCGCAUAACAACAGCUUUACAGGGUUCGAUAUGGUAGAUCACGCUAACGACAUCUCAUUAUUCAUGAACUGUGUCAGAGAUGACAUAUUGACUACGCUGGCCGCCAAGAGAUUAUGGUGUCCUACGGGGUUGAAGACUGUAACCAAUGAAUCCCAGAGGUUGCCUGAUGACUCUGCGCUAAGGAGGUGGUUCACGUACGACAGCCAGGUGACGCCGGUUACGGGUAUCAUAGGCACGCUUCAUAACAACACUGCAAUAGACCUAGUUAUACCGGAGGAUCCCAAGAAGCCUGAUAUCAAUGCCCGCGCUUUCAAGGAUGUGUACAUGGGAUUUUACUGCGCGGGUCAUACCUCGCAUUCCGACGAUAAACCUGAAGCUCUUUAUUCUGAAGUGAUAUUAUUCAGAGUUAAACUUUUUAAUCUUACUUUUUGA